AUGGAUGAUGUUCCUUUGACAACGACUUUAUUGAACUUAAGAAACAAAAAGAAGAAAGAGAAAGAAAUUACACCAACAAUUGAUGCGGAUUUGUUGGAAGAUAUCAACAAAGAAGUUUCAGAAACGGAAGAAGAAGAAGAAGAGAGCGAACUUUCCAAACAAAGGAAAGCAUUGCAAGAACAACAGAAGAUGGUGCAAGCACUUCAGGAAAAGCUGCUACAACAGGAAAAGCAGCUGGAUCUGAUUGAACAAAAAAAGAAGGGUGGAGAAGGACAAAAAAAUUCCAGCAAAGAUCAUGAAAAGCAGGAAGAAACUGAAAAGAAAGAGCAUGAAGUAAAAGUGCAUGAAGAAGUGAAAGAACCUGAAAAAGAGGAGGCUGAGGUAAAAGUUCCAGAAGAGCUGGAUGAACCAGAAAGAAAAGAAAAGAAAACGAACUUAAAAAUUACUUUGAGAAAGAAAAAAGACGGAGAAGAAGCUGGUGAGGAACCUGAAAAAGCAAAGGGGAAGUCUAGGAAAUCAAUACCAAACAGGAAAAGGACAAGAAGUCAAUUGCUGAAAGAAGAAUUUCCCGAUCUUAUCAAAGAGGUAAAGCAGGAAUUGGAAGAGGCACAUAAGAAGAAGAGCUUGUUGCCUGCUGAGAAAAUUUCAACAAAAAAAGUUGCACCAAAUGCUAAGAAGGGGAAUGGAGUUACUUUGAAAAAGACUGCAGCACUUAAGAGGGGUAGCAAAGUUAAUCAGAUAGUUGUGAGGGAGGUUUAUGAAGACGAGGAAGAUGAAGAAGGAGGUGAAGAAGAAGGUGAAGAAGUAGAAGAGGAAAGUGAACCCUUAAUGAAGAAGGGGAAAAAAGUAGUUGAGAAGAGAGCAACAAGAAGUAAACAAAUUGUUGUUUCUGAUGAGGUCAUGGAGGAGGUGGAUGAUGAGAAACCAAAAUCUUUGGUUGUUGCCAAACCAAAACCUGAAGAAAGGAAACUAAAUCUAAGGCAAACUCCGCAAUUGAUGAUGCGAUUCUUGAGGGGAAUUGCAUCUAAUGAACCACAUGAUAUAAGAAAACAACAAGCCAUCGUGGAGUUAGGCUUUGGAUCUCUUCUGCAACUUGACAUCCCACAAAACGAAAAUCCAUUCCCGUACGAGUUGGUUAGGAAUUUCAACUCGUCCGACCGGUCCUUGCAUCUACCAAAGUCUUCCCUUGAUAUUACUGUAGAGGAUGUAUACCUGGUGUACGGUAUACCUAUUGGAGGAGCUCCGGUCGUGGAAUGGACGGAUGAACAAGAUCCUGAAGUGUUGAGGGUUUUUGCUGAAUUUUGGGCAUACUGGCAAGUGAAGUCUGGAUGCCCAAAAUUGAAAGAAAUGGUUGAAAAACUGAUCAAAGAUGAGACUCCAGUUGAUGAUAACUGGAAGAGAUCUUUCCUAGUGGUUGCAGUUAACACCUGCAUUAAAUCCACUACUAAUUUAUCGCCAAACUUCAGAUUCCUAGCAAGCACUGUUGACUUGGAGCAAGUGAGGAAUCUAAAUUGGUGCCAGUAUGCAUACACCAGCCUUCUUGGGGCAGCUAUGUACUGGAAUGUGGACCGUAGCAGAUGGUUUGCUGGUCCACUACCAUUUCUAAUGGUAUGUUAUUUCGAUCGGGUGCAGAUCAUGGAAGAGUACCCUCCAAGGAACUUCCCCCUAAUUUCUUGCUGGACAAGAGAUAUGAUAAGCAGCAGGGUACGCAAUGACAAUGCUACAGGCUUCGGACAUGGCUUGAUUCUGGACAGAAUUCAAGGUCCACCUGAGCUACAACUGUACAGGGAGGAUAUGGAGCUGCUCAAACAGCAAAAAGCACUCAGUGAACAACCACCACCACUUCUUCUUCAACACCCACAACAACAACAGCAGCAACAUGAUGAACAACCAUCGCAGCAACCACUGCAGCAACCACAACAGCAACAUCAACACCAAGAGCCUAACUGGUCCACAAAUGAUGUGUCCAGAGAACAUCAAGGUGCACCAGUGACUCAACUCGGGGAUGACAAAGAUUUGCCAGAGCAACAGGCAGACCCCAGUGAGAAAGCAAAAGUCCCUUCUACAAUUGAGGAAUUCCAUGCUGAAUUCACUAAAACCACUACUGAACUCAGUAGUGUCAUGAACAAGUUCAACGACUUAUUGUCGUUGUCCAGAAAGUUCUUUGACACUACUAUUGAUGUCAAAAAAAGUCUGCCAUUCAAUAUGGCAAAAAUGUGGUCAACAUGCUCUGGAACUGAAAUUCCAGUUACUUUUGAGAAGGGCAACUCUACAGAAGAGCGGCAAGAAGGAAGGAAUACUGAGGAGAUUGGUUCAAUCCUCAGUCAAGAUAAAGAAUUUUUCAGUUCAGACUACUUCACAAUACUAUUUGAGGAAGCAGUACGAAAGGCAACAGAAGGAAAUGAAAGAAAGGAAAUCAAGGAAUCUGAGGAUGUUACAUUUGAUUUGCCACCAUUUUUAACACCUCCGAUCAUGCCUUCCCAGCCUAAUGUAUUUGCUGAUUUGACAUUGAAGCUUGGAAUGGUUUCCGAUUCAAAUCCUCCUCCUCAGGCACACGACUUUGAAGAGGAAAUGAGAUUAGAAGCAAUCUUGGCAAACAAAACUUUGACUGAACGUGAUUUGGAGACAAUUUCAAGGGACAACAAAAAUGAAGCUGAAAAACAACAGCCACCUACAGAAAAAACUGAGUAUGCGUUCUUUUAA